CGUGAGAUAGAAGAUCGUCUGUAUGUGGAAGCCAGAGCACUGUUUUUACAUACCAGAAAUACGUCAGCGGAGCUCCUCGAAAACAUGGCUUCAGAAAUCCUAAAUCGCAUCCCGCAGACCGGACGUAGUGGAAAAAAUUUCGAAUGUACUAAGCAACCUUCGGUACCAAGUAAGCAAGAAUACAGAGAGAGAUACGGGGAUGAAAUCUUGAAUAGUAAUUUGUCCGAGUUCGUUGAUGACUAUGUGUGGAGAAAUAUUCUGCGGUUGCCGUUGCUUGGUGUAGUGAAGAUGGAGCUCAAUAAGGAUAGGGCUAUGUGUGAAAGCCUCCGGAAGUUCGUCGUUAAAGCACUCGAAAAGUGGAUAAUUGCGUUAAUGAAUGGUAAUGAUGCAAAAUCCGAUGAACAAGAAUCUGAAUCCAGUGGUGUCGAUUUAGAAAUCGAUGGCGAAAUUUUCGAUCAAUACCCUGAGGAAGAGGGUGAUAUAAAUAUGCAAAAUCUGAAUGCUAAAACUUGUGAUAAAGCAUCACAAAACGUGAGCUCGUUUAAUGGAGCUUACGGUCCUUACUUUCCAAAUUUUACCGCUGCCAUGCUUUUUAUAUGGGUGACCAAACACAAUACAAUAUGUGUAAAAAAACCUUAG